AUGUCAGGCGCAAGCGAAAGCUCUGGGGUCAACAGUUGUGGACGAAGAGCUCCAGUUUGUGGACACCAUCUCCCCAUGCGAAUUUUUGUUUCAAAAUCCAGGUCAAACCCAGGAAGAAGAUAUUGGAAGUGCAAAUACUGGGGGAAGGAGAAUGAUUGCAAUGGGUUUCACUGGGAUGAUGAAAUUGAAAGUGGAAAAGUUGAAGAAAAUAUGUAUGAUGGAGUUUCUUGUGGAAGUGAAAAGAUGUUAGAGGUUAUGAGGAACUAUGGAGCAGAGUUUGGGAAGACAUUUGUAGACGAGUUGGGGAAAUCAUUGAACAACAAGAAAAUUGACAAACUGAAACAGAAGUCUGCAAAGGAUCAGAAGACUAUUAAUGUCCUCACAUACACUCUUAUUGCAUCUUGGAUCUGUUUUUCUGUUAUGUUUACUCUUUGUAAUCUAGCUAAGUAG